AGGCUACUAAUCGUCUCUGUGCUUCUUACCUGGACUGCCAACAGGUCAGGUAGAGCAUUUUGUUGUUGUUGUUGUUGUUGUUGUUGUAUUAUUAUUGCUUUUCCUUCAGCUCUCUGGGCUUUUCCUUCAAUUUCCAAUGGCUCUCUACCUCUUUCCAGAGAUGGUUGAUACAGCAAAGCAUUCCAUUUUUCUUUUAUAUUGAAAUAUAGAAAGCUUUGGAAAUUGGGAAGGGCAGAGGAAAGGGCUCAGGGUAUCUGGGAAAUAUCCAAAAUGGCAACAGAGUGAAAGCUGUUUUGGGGGUCUGUAACUUUUCAGUUCUCCAGAGCCUAUAAGAGGUUGAAAGUAGUGAAUGGGAUAACUAUAGGGUGCAGACUAUGAUCUAACUGAUUCAGUAGAUGGAGCUCUUCCCCCUAAGUCUGCAUUUAAAUUAAUGUCCCACUCUGGUUUGUGGGGCUCUCUGUUUCUAGGUGUGUCAUACUACACAUGUAAAAGCAAGGGCUUAGAUUGCUAGAGGAGAGAUUUCCUGGCACUUUUCAAAAAAGAUGAAGCAUUUCAUUCUGAAACAUAAAACAGCUUAGGGGAGAAGUAAGGAUGAGGUGGGAAAUGAGGUUUAUCUCUCUAAACCUCUCCCUGUGUUUGUUGAUAAUUCUUAAGUGUGAAGUUAAAUCCUAGCACUUACUAUACAAGUGAUUAUUACUGUAUAGUAACAUAGAAAGAUGUAUGGAACAUAUAGGAUUUUUGGCUGUGUUCACUGCAAACCUUCCAGGCUAUCUGAACUGUGCAGAUCUCCUCUCAUUUGAUUCUGCAAAGGAAUCUUCAUACUGUAAUACAAUUGUUUCAUCCAAUUAGUCUAGAGAACCUGGCUGAAAUGUUACAAAUUCUGAAUUGUGACAGCGCAGAGGAGGGCAAAGCAGCUGUAUUAGGAAGGUGCCUUUAUGGAAGCCAAAAUAUUUUCAGCAAUAACUGAAAAUAGAUCUCCAGUAUCUGCUUUUAUAUGGAAAGAACUACUUGUUUAUUUCUUUUUCAAUUAGUUGACAUGAAUAAUUGCCAUAAAUUUUGCAUCAGUGUUGUGUUUGUCUCAGUACCAAUAGAAUAAGUUCGAUCAUGUCCUUCCCUGUUACCAGAAGUGAAACUAUAUGCAUCCUAUAUGUAAAAAAAUUAUCUUUCUUAGUAGAAGAUCUUCUCCCAGAUUGGAGAUAUUACUGAAUAUCUCUUGUUAAAUCUUGAUAAGACCAUUUGGCCCAAGUAGAACUGGGCUUAGCUUUAGUACCAAAAGAAAUAGCAUUUUUAAGGGAAUUGGAUUUCCUUUGCAUACCACGUGUCUGAGUCCAAUACGGUCCAGGAAAAUAGAGAGGAUGAGACAAAAUUAUUCCUAAGCAGCCACCGUAGGCCAAACACUGAAACAGUGCCAACCUGGACCAAUCAGGCCAGCUUCUCAGAAGAUACAUGCUUUUGUCGAACACUUAAAUGAAGAGAAAGAGGGAGGAAGUCCUCGAAAUAGCAUUCGUAUGAAUGAUUCUUCACUAAUUUCAAUAAAGUCCAUGGUAAUAACUUCAAUGAUGUUUAUUCUUUUGUAAAGGAGAAAAUGUGAGUUUUCUUGUCCAGCUAAGGAUCUCUGAAUGUUGUACUCUGACAUCUUUUGUACAAAACUAUCCUUUUGAAUUUAAGCUAGUGAAAAACUUCUCACAGAGAGCAAAGAGUAAAAUUGAUGGAAACUCAAAAUCAAUUCCAAACCCAUUUCUGGCAUGAUGAGAAUAACAUUUGUGCUGUGUUUAAAGCAGUUUAAAACAAGAAAAUGAUAAAAUGAUCAAUAUACUUAAAGCCAAAAAUAACCAGGAGAGAAUGAUCUGUAAUCCAUUCCCAGGCCUGAAACCCUACACUUUUGAUUGAACGUGAAAAUAAACGAAUAUAUCUUUUAUAAGGUGGCAUUGUAAGCCUUAUAAUAUAAAGAAAUGAUGAUAUGCUGAGCUUUCAACUCUAUUUAAGCUAUAUUUUCAGAAUUUAGCCAAAUAAAAAUUUCUAGACUUAAACUAUUGUCAAUUUAUUUAUUGAUACAUACCCUGACCAUAGAAAGAGCAAAAACUGAAGGCUAUAUAGAAAGUCGCAGUGAACUGCGUUGCCGCUUACAGUCUAUGUACAGUCUUUACUUAAAAAAAAAAAAGUUUAAGCCACAGCAAAAGAAUAUUUUAGGCUAUAUCUGAAAGUCAGUAAGUUAGUCACUGUGGAACAGACUGAGUAUUUCUUUAAAAAUACCUUGACUCUUGACUAAUUUAUUAAAUUCAACACACACAUAAAUAUAAAUCAUGCAUAUCUUAUCCUUAUUGUUCCACUAGAUUGAAAGACUAAGUUGACACCAAUAUGUUUUGAACCUGUGGAUUCAAGGUCAGUGAAAUACCCACUGUCCAAGCUUAUAGAAACCUCUCUAGAUUUAAGAUUUUGCCCUAGUGAACGAUUUUCUACCAGUCUUUCUAGUGUCUAGUUAUUUAUUGAUCAGAUAAAAUAAAAUUGUCUUUCUAGAUGAAGAAAUCCUGGCUGAAAAAUUAAAAUGACAACAAAUUGCAUAAGCACAUUUAAUUGCGUUGACCUAAGGUGCAGUAGGAAUGAUGAUAAUUCUAAUGAGCACUGUGACGAAUGUAACUACAAAGAAGCAAGUGUGAUUACAUCAGGAAGAGUGACCUCAGUGGGCAAGGUCAGAAGGGUGAGACACAGGAGCUGUGACAGAGGGGGCUAAUGGUUAGAAUUAACAGAGGUGCUUAAAGCUUGUAGCUAGCUGCAAAAUUAAUAGAUACCUCAAAAAAAAAAUCAAUAAAUUUUAAAAGUAGAUAGAAAGGCAAUACUUUUCCCUAUAGGAUGUAAUCAACUGUAGAAUUCACUUUUGCAGAGAAUUUUAACAACCUCUGAAGUUUGGCUGUCCAGUGUGAUAAUAAUUAUAAAGAGCUAUUAUGUACAUCUGCUUAAAGAUUCAUAUAAGUGUAAUUGUUAUAGCAACUUGUUAUGCUAUUGUUUGAAGUUGAAAAGCUCUGCUUUAAGUGUCAACAAAGCAAAAGUCGGCAUCAUAGAAUCAUACUCAUUGCAUCUUAGAGCUUAAAGGAGCCUUAGAUAUCUCAAUAAGGGUGAAUGGGUUAGCAAACUCUCCAGAAAAGAAUAUUAAAUAUUUGGUGCAGGACCAUGUAGAAUAUUUUAAAAUAUGUGUUUUAUAUAUUAUAAUGACAUAUUUGGAAUGUGUAAUUUAAAGUAAAAGCCUUAAAAACAAAAAAACAGAGAAACUAAAGCUCCACAAAUUCAUCCUGAUUAGUAGUGCUAUACAUUGGAUUCUGUGGAUCGGGGAUUCUAAAUGGAAAAGAGUGAACAAAUUUCAGAAAAGCACAAGGUUUUAUUUUCACCAAAGGGGUAAGGUGUUUAACAGAAUAAGAAAUAAGAAUACUUGGGCUUCCACCAUAUUAAUAAGAAAAUUUAAACAGAGAAGUGAUAGAACUUCCUUAAGAUGGGAAAGACAAAUUGUGCUAGAACUCAAAUUUUCUACACCACAAGCCUGACUCCUAAAACAGAUUUAUUAAAAAUAAUAAUAAUAAUAAAGUGGAAAAGAAGUUCCCGUUGUGGCUCAGUGAGUUAAGAACUCAACUAGUGUUCAUGAGGAUGCAGGUUUGAUCCCUGGCCUCACUCAGUGGAUUAAGGAUCCGUCGUUGCCGCAACAGCAGUGUAGGUCACAGAUGCAGCUUGGAUCUGGCAUUGUUGUGGCUGUGGUGUAGGCCAGCAGCUGUGGCUCAAUUCUGCCUCUAGCCUGGGAACUUCCAUAUGCCACAGGUGUGGCCCUAAAAAGAAAAAAAAGAAGAAAAAAAAAAAAAAAAGCGGCGGAUGAUACUCCAGAAAGACACUGAGGAAGGAGCAACAUAACCAAGCCCUUAGUGUUCCUAUUUCUUGUACAAAUAACCCUACCAUAGAUGGGGCCCAGGCAAAUGUGUGGUAAGGAUAAGACAUUCUGGGGAACGAAAGAAAAUGCACCCGUGUCGGUAUCCUGGGCACCUUUUGCUGUUAUUGUUUCCCUCAUUCGAGCCUCCUAUCCCCUCCAAGGUAACUUGUAUCUCAUCUCUUUUCUUUCCUCUAUCCCCACGAAAAAAAGAAAAAAGAAAAAGAAAGAAAAAAGAAAAGAAAAAAAAAUUGAGAAAUUGGAGUCAAAAAAAUCUUUUGCAAAGAAGUCCUUCUCCUUAGAAAUCUUCCUAUACAGAUCAGUGUAUCUUACUGUCUUAUCCAAAUAUGAGUUCUGAUCAGAGGGUGCUCAGUCAACAAGUUUAGACACAUUUUAACUGGGCUACUCCUUGUUUCCUAAGUGCACGCUGCAUUUCCACACCCCGUUCCUUUUCCCUGGUAUUCUCCAAAAGAAGCAAAUUCUGCCUCCUUUAUUUCCAUAAUUUUCUGUCUUUUCAUGGCCUUUGUCAUAUUCUGUCUUAUAGACUAGCCGUCUUCAUGUUUACUUGUAAUGUAAGGAGCAGGUCUGUGUAAUAUUUGGCAAUGCCCUAAAUUUCACAGGGCCUCACUUUCCACAUCCAUAAAUAGGAAAGUGAUAACUGCUUUGCUGGGAUAUUGUGAGAAUUCCUGAAAUGGAGUCUGUAGAGUGCUUAGCACCAUGACUGGCACAUGGUCAUCGCUCAAUGUCAUUGUUGUUGUAAAUACCAUUAUUGAUACUCCCUUUCCUCUAAAUCUUCCCCAACAAUACUCUUCUUGAGCUCAUAGAUUGAGCUUAUUGACUUCAGAAAUCUCUUCAAGCAACAAACAUGGUGACUUUUAUAUAAUGAGGACUGAAUAAAAAUAUUUUGAAUCUUUUUGUGCAAGUCCAUGAGUCCUAGUACUUCCUUACAGAAAUCCUUUAUUUCCCAAAAGUUUAGAAUAGUCAGCCCUGACUGAACUAUGUAUACCAUAAAAGAUACCAGUACUGCUCACUGAAGGCUGUCAGUGCCACCUCCCUUUUCAGGUUCCCCACAGGCCCCCCAACCACUUAGGAUUGCUCUUUGGAGCAUCCCCAGAAGUGUCAGCUUAUAGUUCUGGUUCAGGUGAUUAAUGAGCUUGUUAUACCUCUGUCUGUAGCUUGAACUAGAAACUUUCACUUUGGAGAGCAGGUCAAGAUAUCGAAUUUAAUUUUAGUUGCAUCUGUUAUAAGCCAAUUGUGUAUUCAUUACAUUUAUAGAUUCCCUCUCCAACCAUAUAUUUUCAUGGCUGUUGAGAGCACCUGAAUCUGUGUUGAAUGUCCUUAGAUUUUACUUUGGGGACCUGAAAAUGAGGCAGUGAGGCCUUUUUGAUAGCUAGCUGUCAUCUUUGGUGUUUCUUCCCUUUAGUGUCUAAUCUGGCCUGUUUGAAGAAAGGAGCAAGUAUAGCAUUUUUUUCUCUAACUUUAAUGUGCUACGGUAAUUCCAUAUCACUGAGGCCUAAGGUCAAUGCAGUUCAUGUAUACAUUUCUGUUUUCUUGGCAUACAACCCCAUUCUGUGGAAAAGAGAAACUUCUAAGGGAGUGAAAAUGACAAAAUAACAUGUGACAUGUCAGGGUAAAGAUAUAGCUUUAAAUGCUUAGGGUCAAAUCUAGGCAGGAUGGCAUACAAGGUGGACUCAGGGUGAAUAUGGAUCUUGCUGGUUCUUCAGGGUUAUGGUGAAUAGUAAGAAAAUUAAAAGGGGGCAGAUCACAUGGCCAUAGCCGAGAAGAGGCUGACAGCAGGGUGUGCUCAAAUCAGGAAGAAUGCUGGAUCUUAAUCAGCCAGAAGUUCCAUUUAUUUGAGAGUUAGCUGGUAUUUGUGAGGCGAACAAGGUCACAUUUAGUAGAAACUGGUAAUUCAAUAAAGAGUUCUGACUUUGCCAGAGUAAUAGUGUUGGCAUCAAGAGAAGAAAGUUUUGCAGAUUUCUCUGUGUGCAUUUGCUGUUACUGGUGUUCCUGGUGGGUGGCUGAAUCAUCCUGAUGGCAUUCAACAGGAACCAGCUGCUGAGAAUAUUAAAAUGCAAGCAUUUAUUCCUCUAGAGAGACAGUAGCAUCUGCAAAGUUUUCCUAUCUUGAUAGUACAGAUAAUCCCAGGGAGCAUUCUCUAGUAGUUUUAACUCUCUAUUCAUUUCUACAUUUUCUUUUUAUCAUUAUUGUCAAUAUCUCAGGUUCUAACAGGAGAAGAGAAUGCCUGAAUCCACAGCAGGUUGUAGACAGAUAGGAAGCACUUGGCCAAGGACAUGGGACUGCCUCUUGGGCUUUACCUUGAAUUAUGAUUCUCAAAAGGAGAAACUGGCAUUUUUUUCUCCCUUGGUUCGUCUUCACAGCAAAGAGCCACUGAACUUUUAGUCUUCAGAGCUCCACCAGCAGGAAGGGAAGGCCUUGGACUUACCCACCCUCAAUACUAGCUUCUUUGGAGCUUUCUUUUUACUUGUAAAACUUGUGAAUUUGUUGCUUUCUUUGCCUGAUUUGUUGUGGUUUGGGUUUUUUGAGCUAGCAUCAACAGCUGGGGGGGACGGGUGGUGCAGAAAGGAGGUUUGGACUCAGUAAUCUACUAGGUCUUUUCCAUCUCUAAUAUUUAUGAAUAAUGUAUUGAACUGAUGGAAAAAAUGUUGAAUAUGUUCAUUAUGAAUUAUAUUCACCAGUGUGUUGCCUAGAAUAUAAAAGAGCAAAGCAGUUACAGCAUAACUAGUUCCUUACAAUCAAUGUACUGAAACGACGGAGCUCUGCAUCCCUCCCUAUUCCACUGUGUGUUGUCCCCAAACACACGCUGUACAUGUCUGAGUGGCAAUUGCAGGCUGGAUACCUGAUGGGAUGACAACCAGCCAAGAUUCUGUAGGGAACCAGGACAUUCCUCCUGGAAUCUGGGUCCUAAACAGAAGCAGCUUUCAUGAAGGUCUUGAUCGUGCAAGUCUUCUUUAAGAGAAAUCACUGAGCCCGUUUCAAAUCACAGACGCUACUCAGGUGCUGUGAUGCUGCAGGAGUUACAGUUCUUAUCAUCAGAAAAGAAACUUGCAAUUUUCUGCCUUCAUUUAGAAAAAAAAAAAAAAAAAAAAAAAGCAGUGUGGCUAACUACUUUGUUAGCAACGUUAUAACCUAAUAUAAAGGAGUAGAGUGGCAGAUAUUUCAGAAUUAAGUAACUGUUAUUCCAUUUAACUUCAAAAUUUAGUAUAUGUUUUUCUCUAAUGGUUUUCUUUCACAACUCUGUUUUAGUUGGGAUUUAUUAAAAUAAAAUUGUAUUUCCUUAGUGUUUGCCAGAUAACAUUGGGAAAUGUUAACCAGAAACAUGAAUGACAAAAGGCAAGAAAUUGAGGAUUUUUUUUUAUUCACACAAAUAAUUAACAAAAUAGAUAAUAAAGAAUUAAAAUAAUACCAAAAUAACCUUCCUUGGCCAAAUAACAGGCCCACUUUUUUAAAUCAAGUGUAGCACUGUUAAGCAUCAUGCAAAUAUGUACCAAAAGAGAGAAGACUUUCUAAAGUUAAGAACUUAGAGGAUGUAGCCCCAAUGUAGAGAACAGUUCCAAGGUGCAGCAGUUCACAGAAAGGUGCAGCAAAAAAGGUUCGGCUCAUGUCUGAGAUCCGAGGAGAACAAGAGAGUACUGAGGAGUGAGAAGGUUUGCCUCAGAGAAAUCUUUGCUUCUUGUUGGGUCAGUUCAGAGCCAGUAGACUAGCUCUCCUGAAAGGGAAGUCCAAGCCCUCACUUGUACCUGCAUCAGCUGUUACAGCAAGGUUAAUUCAAACCACCAACCCAGCAUUGUUAUCCAUAUUACAUUUCAGAGGUGAUUUUUUUUUCUCCUUGUGCUGUCUUAAGAGCUAAAAUCCAUCUGGACCCAUGAAGGGCAAGCAUAAACUUAGAGCAGCUACAUUUAUCAAUAGUUUAUCAUAAUCUCAAAGGAGAGGAGGAGACAGGGAGAAAGAAAGUACCACGGGGGCACAGGGGGUUGGGGGAGAAAGUUUAAAAUCUUUUUUUCAGGAAAAUUGUCUUACCAAUUAUUUAGAUCACGGUGCUCAAAAACAAUAAUGGCCACCCAAUUCCAAAGUGGUAUAACCUAAGAGUAGAAGUGACAGUUUUUUAUUUUUUGUUUUUUUGUUUUUCCCCAGCUCUACCCUUCCGUACGGGACAAAUCACUUAACCUGUCUGUGUAAUAGUAUAUUUGUCAAAUAAAUAGAAAACCAUCUAUCCUCAUCUCCUUCACAGCGGUAUUGCUAAGGCUGAUUGUGCACACGUAUAUGAAUGUAUAUGUUAUAGCUAGCUGUUUACAGCAGGGGAGAAGAAUUUCAAAAUAAAUGAAUCGGGAUUUUAUCUAUGCAUCUGUUGUGAAGGUCAAUCACUUCUUUUUUUUUAAUUUUAAGAUCUCCUCUUCUAAUUACCAAUUGUUAAAACACUUGGCAAUGACAAGUGAGCCUAUAUCACCUCUGUGAAAUGAAAGAUAUUUGAAAUCUAAGCGUAAUUAUGGAGAUUCAAAGAAUUUCCCACUACUUAUGGGCCCUAGUGGCCUUACUCAAGGCAGUACAAGCCUAUUAAGUGAAAUAAAAGCUUCAUUUUGCCAAUAGAUAUCUUUUUAAAAAUCCUAAAUCAAGGUCGAAGUAUAAUCAAAGUGCAGUAUAGUAUCAAAGUAUAACCCUGUAGGAGUGAACUGGUUCUCUAUAUUAGACACAUUUUUUAGAAAAAGGGACAGAGCUAUAUAGUAAGGGGAGGAGAAACGUCAGCCUACACAAACAUCCUAGGCAUCUGUCCGGGCUACUGGUCUGUUCCAACGAGAAUCAGGCUCAGUAAAUAUAAAACCCCUAAGAUCGUUAGGAAAGAGGCCACAUUCAUCUAUUUGGUGCUGCCGUUCUUCUUUUGAUAUUCGUCUUGGCGAUUUAAUCUCUGCUUUCUAUAUACAGACCUCAGUGGAAUGAUAAUGACAUGAGGAGGGCAGGUGAAGAUAAAUAAAUGUGAUUUUUUAGACAUGACCAUUACCCUCUAAUAGCUUUUCUCUGGUCCAUUCCAGGCAUCCAGGAAAGAGAAACUUAGCUUCCAUGGAGAGUGAAGUCAUAGCUCCAACUUAGCAUAAUAAGAGGAGAGAGAGGGAGCAAGCACACUAUUAGUGAACCCAGUAAGCUCCUACUGGGCUAAGACCAGGUUCUCCUGUUUCCUCUAUUUUCUCCCAAACUGAAAAGAGUUAUUGUAGUAAUUCACCUGUGUUUCUGAGCCUGUAUGCACAUGCCCAAGACCUGCUCAAGGUAAGGCCAGAAAGAAAACAGGGCUAGAACUUAUAUCCAGGAAACUCAACUUCUUUAUAGUAACUUCUGCUUGUUUUGUUUUGCUUCAGGGAAAUUUAUGUUUUUAGAAAAUAUGUUUCAAUUCCCAGACAUUGAUAUCCUGGGCCUCUUUAGGUUGUGACAGAAGUGGGGUGGUGGCUGUAACAAAUGUAGCAGAAGCCAGCGCAAUUGUAAUCUAUCAAACAUAGAUUCGUCUAUUGGCUGACCCGAGUUUUUUCUGAUCCUUGCUGUAGAAUUCAUUUGUGUCCUUACCCUAAGAAGACGAGGUUAACUGAAGGUUUUAAGAGUGGUGGUGCAUCUUUCUUAAUUUAAUUUCUUAGUUUGGUGAUAAUGGGACUGGAAUGCCUUGGUGUAAACAGUACAGAUAGAAUCAGGACCACCUUCCUGGCUGUACAGCCCAUGCAGUCACACAGAGCUCCAUGCUCAGAAGGGCCCUGGGCUUGCUUUGGUGCUCAGCUGUUGCUGUCUUGAAAUCCUUAAUGAUUUUUUAAUAAGGGGCCCCACAUUUUCAUUUUCAUUUUGCCUUUUGCCCCACAGAUUAAGUAGCCAGUCCUGCCAGGAAUUUAUCUUUUCCUGACAUGCCAACUGAAGGUAUUAGUCACCUAUCUUCUCUUACUGAAAACAAUCCUCUUUUUCAACUCCUCAGAAGCUAAUUCCUGUGUUAAACUCUGAAGAUUUCUGUCCAUAGAAUGUGGAUUUGAAGAACUCAUGUCUCCUUCCCUCCUCCAAACACCUCAAGAUGAUUAUCAUCAAGAUGGUCUUGUGUUGUAUAUAGAAACCCUGUAGUGGUCUCAGCCAAGUUUUUUUUUUUUUUUAGGGGGGGUUGGGUAGAAGUCAUAUCUUGGAAGAAAUAGUUAGAGUAGUGAAGUCUUUGCCCUUUAUCGGAUAGUUAAAAUAGGCUUCAGCCAUUAAAUUGAGAUUUUAAACAGAGCAUCUAAAUUUCAGGUUAUUCUAGACUAGGACUUUCCAGCCAUUAUGUGAUCAAACACAUCAGUGUACACUAAAAACAAUUUCCCUCCCAGCUCCAGCCCUCGGCUUCUAUCCCUUUUAGGCUCCUACCAUUGCCAUGUGUUCUACAUCCUUCUCAAACCCCUUCUGCAUUCAGCUUCCAUCAAUCCUUUCAUCCUCCUUACCCCAAACUAGCAUUAGGAGGAGGAAGCCCUUCUCUUUAAUUUACAUGUAACAUCUAGUGAGAACGAUUCUGCUGAAUUUGAUGCAUUCACACCCCUGCCACCACCUUGAUGAGUUUGGAUGACAGGAUUGUAAGGUCAGGGCUAGAUCCCAUAGAGGUGCCUGGACCUGUCCUCAGUGACAAUUUGUUAGAACUGAGUAUUAACCAGAAGAAUUCAAGGCUUCUGACUCCCAACCAGGUAUGCUUUUGAUGAUUCAGGGCAUCCUCAACAUUCCCAAAAGCUGUAUUCUAGAUGACUGGUUUGUAAAUCAGUGUCUAAGCACCCAUACUAGAACGAGGAAGAAAUAUGCCAGAGGAGCUGGGAGCUGAGAAAAGGAACCUGAAUGGGCACCUUAAGCUAGUUAGCCUUCCUGAACCCGUAAAAUCUUUCCUACCACUAGCAAUGUCUCCAGGGUUACCUGGAGGCUCCAGAAGCUCAUCUAACACAAAGCCUCACUCAAGGUGGAACCUCAGGCAGGUCAGCCCCUUCCAUCUCUGGUCUUCUCCCUUGUCCUUUCACAACUCUGUUUUCCCUCCCCCAUGAAAGGAAGGCAGGCAGGAGGAAUCUGAUAGAGAGGUGCCAGACUGCAGUCUCUGUGAGUUUAAAUUAUAGGAGAUUAGAAUAAUCCUUAUUUGCCUAAACCAGAUAGGCUGAAGUUUGCAAGUUUUCAAAUCAGUGCUGACUUAGCCACAGCACAACCAUGGCACAACAGAGAGGUCAGAAGCAUUACUCAGAGACCUUGGCACCACCUAAGGGAUUUUUCAGUGGUCCACCAGCUCCAGACAAGGCUCUGAGCAAAAACUGCCAAAGAGAUUGAGUCCUCUUUAGUCGUGGCCACUCCCUUCCUCCUCUCCUCUGCCUCCAGGGCCCAGGGCCCUUGUGUUUGUCUGAUUUUUUUUUUCCUUCAGCAUCCCCAGUUCCAAAAUUAUCCCUAUCCCCUCCCCCAGCUCCAAUUCAAAACUUCUUUACACUGAGGUAACCCUCUGGGGAUUGAAGUGAUUAGAGCAUCCAAGCAUGAAUGGCUUGACCCCCCCAUGAGAUGUUUGCCUCUCAGAAGAAGUGUUGGAAAUUGAAAUGUACCUCAUUAAUAAGGAGGGCUCCUGCUCUUCGCCUACAGCAAAACUGUCCCCAGCCAAACUAGUCUGCCUAGAAUCCCCCACAUCCUGAUACAGCUCUACCUACCCAUCCGCCAUGGGAAUUGAAUUCAGAAAAGCAAACUUUCUUGCUGGGAGAGAGAGCGUGGGGAAAAAAUGUAAGUUUACACAGUGAAUAAUCGACCCCAAAUGAUAGCAGAGGGUCUCUCUCACAGAAACCAUGGUAUCAUUUCUUUAUAUAAAAAUGUUUCUGUCUUGGCUUGCCAAGUCCCCAACCAGUGUGGUCAUAAAUGUGGUGUAAACAAGUUUCAAGCCCCAAUGCUUUGAGAUAAGUCAAAGCUUCUAUCUCCUGUGAACUCUGAACAUUUUUCAGAUUUGAAUAAUCAGUCAUCUUGAGUUUCCUCUUUUGCAAAGGAGGGUAUUAAAGCACCUAAAGGACACGACCUUUUUUUCUGGGUCACCCAACUGACCAGCGAAGUGAGUUUUUGGCCCUUGGCCCCUAGGGAAGUUUAGCUUUUCUAUCUGAAAAUUCCGGGAACUCCUAAGACCUCCUCCAUCCACUGCCACCAGCUUCUCCAUCUUCUAGUCAUUUCUCUUUACCAGUUGCUGUUCCUGUGAUGUUAGAGAAAAUGUUAGCAGGAGAAUCAAAGGGAGUAUAUGGAGCAUUAGGGAAACAUUAGCAACUACUGAAAAGACAUUUUGACCUAUUUCUGUAGUUGUCAAUUUAAUAGUAUUUGUUGCCAGGAAAUGCGCUGAUGGCAGGUGGGCGGUAGGAUUGAACAUGCUGCCUGCUCUCAGGGGCCCUCCAGUUACAGGAGGUGGUAAUUCUAGUUAAUAAAAGGGUGAACUUCAAACACAUUUUAACCAAAUCAAAUUGUAGUGGGAAAUAUCAUAUUACUGAUGUUCAAGCCAAUUCACAGCUGGUAUAUUAGUCAGUAUAUAGGCCCCAAAUUCUGACUUUUCAGCAUUUUCAAAUAAGUUUCUGGCAGCGAGAGACUCUUCCAGGCACGUUGAUAUGUAGGACUAGGAGAUUGUUAACUAACAGGAGCAAGCAUAAAUAGAAAAUUCUUUAUUCUUGUUAGACUUUUUAUAAGAUUGUCAGAUAUUCAAAUAAUAUGUAACCAAGCCAGACUUCAGGUGGUUGAUAGGAUAUCUCCUAGAGCCGGGAGUUUUAAAUUUUUUUGUUGUUUGGGGUUUUUUCUAUGACAUGUUGGCAAAUGAUAAAAGCGAUUCACUCUGCUAACCAGAGAUGCUGGGCAGAGUUCCCCCAACACUGAUUCCAUGCCAUAAAAAGCACAAGGCACAGAGACGAGCUCAGGCUUUUUGUCCUACCGCUCAGAUUUGAAUCCCAGCUUAGCCCCUACUAGCUGUGUGACCAGAGGAUAUUCACCUAACCUCUCUGAACCUUUGGCACCUCACAUAGAAAAUGGUCAAAAUAGCAAUCUUGCAGUUAGCAUGAGGAUCAAAUAAGAUAACAUAUGUAGAGAAAUCCACAUAAGAUGAAAAACCGGUGGGUGUGUACCAAGUGUUCAAAGGUGAUCACUGUUAUCUUCCACCAAUUUUGCAUCUGUGGUUUGCAAGCCUUCUAUUUUUAAAUAAUUUUUACCCAAUAAGAUGUGUGGCUUUUAAUAUGGUAAUAAAAGGCAACACUGCUAUAGAUACCCUGCAGAUUGAUCUGGUCAGUCCUUUUUGAGUGAAUAGCUGUUGGCCACUUUAGCUUAGCCCAGUUAGCCUAGACUUCCCUUUAUUAGCCUCCUCUGGGUUCAUGCAGUCAGAUCAUAGGACACAGUUUAACAAAUCAGCUAGCCCCCUCGACAACACAGACUCAAGUUAAACAGGCAUAGGUGAGGAACUUCCAUGGCCCUUCCUCACCUGUCCUACUCUAGCUCAUCUUAAAUUAGGAGAGAUGUCAGGCAUCUUUUGCCUCCUGCCCGGAUUUUUUUUUCUAAACUUUUUCCAUGUGCCUGGAUCUCUGUUUUCACAGAGAUUAAUUCUUAUUUGGUUCGCCUACACUUUUGAAACUCUCAAAGCUUUCCAUUGUGGGCAGAUUGUCUCAAAAAUUGUAUUUGAGGAUGGAAAAAGAAAACUCUGCCCAAAUGUAAGCACCAUUGAAUCAAAGAAACAGUAUUUUUUUUUUCAAUUGCAUUCUUUGAGGAUCCAGACAACCUUGAAUUCUUCACAAAAGCACAUCAGUAAUGUCAUCCUCCCUCUUAAAAAGACACACACACACACAGACACACACAGACACACACACACACACCCCAACUACAGAAGGCCACUCUUCAUGAUAUAAAGGACCAGAAUACCCAAGAGGAAUAAUAAUUGAAAAAAGAAGAUGAUUCUAUAGAUAGAACCCACAACCUAGAAGUCAGGACACCCAAAUUCUAUUUCUUACAGAAUGGUAGCCUGCCUUCUUGUGUGGAUCCCAACAUAUCUACUGCACCCCACCUCCAUUGUCCUUAUUUCUAGGGAGCACGGAUUCUGAGUCAUCCUCCUGAAGAGGUAUGGGAGAUUUCAUUUGUUGUUGUUCUGCAAGACAUUGUGCUUCCCUUACCAAUGGCAUUUCACAUGGGCAAAGUCUUUCCCUCACUUGGAAGGAUGAGCCCUGACUUGUACCUCCCAUCACUCUUGAAUGAUAAAAGACUGAACUUUUCAUAAUAGUAUGGGAAGAAAACAAUGUCAUUAUAAUGCCAGCUUUUAACAGGGAAUUAAUAAUCUGGGGCUAAUACAGAACCACUGACCUGGCCUCUCAUCCAUGUUGACUCCUCUUUCAGUCAUGCACAUUUUUGGUCAGCAUUAAUUACAGGACAAUACAUCGCAAGCGGUGUCAUGGAUACAGAGUACAUACCACUCCCCUCAUAUUCCAGCUAAACCUCUGAUGGCUGAUGCCUUCAUGCUUGGUCCAAAUCCUUCCUUUUUGUGUAUUGAACAACUUUAGUCUAUGAAAGGGUUGUUCCUCAGCCAAAAGGUCUUGCUUCUUCUGAACUGUUAAAGCACUUAUUUGUAUGUCUCAUUUGGCACUGAUUACAUACUGUCCUGUACUAGAGUAUGUUUAUGUGUGUCUCAUUCCGCCUACCACUGCACAGUAAGCUUCAUAAAUACAGAGGUUGUAUUUCUACACAGCUUGUAUCUCCAACACCUAGAAGGUACCAUCAGAAAUAAAAGGUAGGUAAAUAGUGAAGAGUGUGAUUUUAAUGAAUGAAAGUAACAAUAGCAUAUAAGUAUUUGGCAACAAACUAGCUUUUCGGAACUCUGUAAAUAUCUAUCCAGAAGGCACCUUACAGAGAGUGUAUCAUUCAAUUAUAUCUGAAAAGCUUUAGAGUUUGUUUCCAAUUUAGUAUUUAUAGGUUUCAUACUUCCUUACUCUUGGCAAAUAGUAUUUUCACAUAGUAGGUUUUUAAUAAAUGGUUAUUGAUUUAUAAAUUAGUCGAAGAAUAAAGCAGUAAUAACCCCUUUCUUUAUGUUGAAAUAGUCAUUUUGAGCCCCAUCUACAGCUUUAUUUUCAGACCUUGCCAACACCUACAACACAGAUACUUUGAGAUUUUUUUCCCACAUGAUAACCUGGCUUAGGCUUAAAAGUGGUCAUGAAUUUUCAUUCUUAGGAGGAAAAGGACAGUCUUUUUUUUUUUUUUUUCUGUCUCCUCUUCUUCCUCAUAGGACUGUUACAUAGUUGAAUAAGACCUCAUCUAUAUUAAAGCAUUUUAAUUCCUGGAACAAAUUUAAGAUCAGAUUCAUAACCUUAGACUGAGCAAGCUUUGGCAUCCCAGCACACUAAAUAACUUUGAACAAUCCUUUGUGUUGUGCUUAUUUGUGGACCUGAGGAGUGAGAAGUUUAUUACUCUGAGCUUUCCCAUUAGGUGCAUAUGAUCUGUACUAGCUGCGUUAACUGUGUCCUCAGCCCAAAUGAAACAGCUGAUUGCCUAGGCCCUCUCCAGCCACACAAAAGCUUCACCGUUACUCUCCAAUCUGAUUAGAUCCUAAAUUUCAGCCACAUGAGAUGAUCUAAAGCCAGUCACUUUGAGGCUGGGUCACAGAAUUCCAAAAUAGAUACAUUAUUCCAGUUUUGCCUCAGAGAGUCUGUCUCAUAGAAAGCUGGGGGGAGCCAGUCUCUCCCAGGCUUGACGUUCUGUUGAGUCAUGUUUACUGUCCCCCUCAAAAAGGUUCCAAAAGCAAAUGCAAGAGGUUGCCGAAUGCAGGGACAUGUGGCGUGCAUGCUACUGAAGUGAGAGGCAUAGCAUACACCUGCUUUUUGGCUGUGGCAGGCCAUCUUGACUGUGCCAUGCCACAAGUUAGCAUUUUGGAUGAGCAAUUGCCAUUCUGUUGUUUUCUUCUCAACACAUGGUGUUCAAAAACAGUUAAAAGAAAACUGUACCCAUUUGCUCAUCCCAGAAAUCUAAAAUUUCAAAGAAGCAUGCCAAAUUAAUUUUCACAUAAUAUUUUCCAAGCUUCUUCUUUGCACUGAGAAAUGAUAUUUCACUUUUUGAACUCUUGGUGUCCCGGCCUGAGGUAAAUGGGUGCAGUUUCUCUUUAAAUGGCAUUAAACAUAUCAAAGCAGGAUUAUAUCUGUCACUGUCUUUUUUUUUUUUUUUCUAAUGGAAUCAAAAUCCUUCAGGGAGUGUCCCAAAUCCACAUUAAUGUCUUUGAGUGCUAAUGUUUCCACUGGGACUUUUACAUUAGCAAAAUACAAGUGUGUGGUUUCCCCCCUUCUGCCGUCUGUAUAAGAAAGAGAUGACGGCACAUCCUUAUUCUCCAUGGCCUUCAGCUAACCCCCGUCAAGGUGGAAGAAGAAGACUGGAGAUUUUUGGUGCUAAUGCUUCCUUCUCUCCUCCUUUCCUCCCCCGUAGGACCCCCCCACCCCCAAAAAAGCUAAUGUGAAUGCUGUUUCUAACACGGGGGAAUGUUUGAAAUCCCAACCAUGAAUUUUAUUGAAAAAAAGGCUAACCGCAUAACCAUCAAUACUAUCUUUUGAGGGCCUAUUACAACUUAAAUUUCACCUUUGCUCCUGAUGGUGGAAAAAUUAGACAAAUCCGCACGAUGUCAGAACCUCGCUGUCAACACUUUAGUUUUUGAUUUGAGGCUAUUGGUCAUGUGUCCUUAUUAUUGCAAUAUAAUUCCUGUCCACCUCAAUCCCUCUUUUUUACUUCUUUAGCAAAACAAUUAAAUGACAUGUUGUCAGCUCAUGAUUAUUAAGUGGCAAUGAAAGGCUGCAGUGUUUUAGAGAGAUAACAAUUAUAAAUAAAUAAUUGUAGUAUCAUAAUAAAACAUUAAAAAAUUCUCACAUCACGUUUCGUCUUAGAACGCACCUUUUCCUUGCAUUUGGCUAUAUCCUGGAAAGUUAUAGUAGUUUGAGAAUAAAACUGUGUUUACGUGUGGUGUAGAAGGGGCUAGAAAGCCCUCUAGCAUCAUUCGCCAACCCUUGUCCAGCGUCUUCCUUCUUUCAACACCAUCCUGGCCACAGAACGCUUGAGUUCUGGAGCCCAGGCUCUGAGAGAGCCAUCCCUGGAGAGCUGGGAGCUGCGUGCUUCUUAGCUGGCUCUUUGCAUACUUUCACUUUCUGGAGCACUCUGGAGAACGACACUACUUCCUUAGACACUCUUCCUAUCCCUCCCUCUUUCUUCCUCUCCUACACCCUUUCCCGCUUUUCUUUUCUUCCCUUCCUUUUCCUACCCCUCAUGCAACUAGGCGGAAGCUUGAAGUGGAGUCUGUGUGUGUGUGGAUGGUGGAACGCAGGGAGGAGGGAUCUCCUGAUGCCUGAGCCCACCACUAGGAAAGAAACUCGGUGUUUUUAUUUAAACAACCUUUCCCCACAGCUAAGCCUUCAUAUGUGGAAGAAAAACUCAAACUUCUUUCCCUUUUCACACUUUAUGAAGACAAGAUGCAGCCUCUCUCUGUUCCCUGCCCCAAUGAACAUCUGCACUAGGCCCAAGUCUUGGAGUGAUUUACCUGAAGAGUGACACCAUUUAUUUGAGAACUACUAUGAGGAAACUGAAGCCCAGAGAGGUGAAGUGAGGUGCCCAAGGCCACACAGCAAGUUAGAGGCACAGCUAGUACCAUAGCUCAAGUCUCCUGACUCCCAGUCCAGUGCUCCUCCCAUUACUCCACGGGUCCUGUCUCUAAGCUUCCUGACAAAUGCUAGAACGGAAGAAACCCAAGACAGCUGAAAACCAGAAGGCAUCUGAGGAGAAUGAGAUUACUCAGCCGGGUGGAUCCAGCGCCAAGCCGGGCCUUCCCUGCCUGAACUUUGAAGCUGUUUUGUCUCCAGACCCAGCCCUCAUCCACCCAACACAUUCACUGACAAACUCUCACGCUCACACCGGGUCAUCUGAUUGUGACAUCAGUUGCAAGGGGAUGACCGAGCGCAUUCACAGCAUCAACCUUCACAACUUCAGCAAUUCCGUGCUCGAGACCCUCAACGAGCAGCGCAACCGUGGCCACUUCUGUGACGUGACGGUGCGCAUCCACGGGAGCAUGCUGCGCGCGCACCGCUGCGUGCUGGCAGCCGGCAGCCCCUUCUUCCAGGACAAGCUGCUGCUGGGCUACAGCGACAUCGAGAUCCCGUCCGUGGUGUCGGUGCAGUCGGUGCAAAAGCUCAUUGACUUCAUGUACAGCGGAGUGCUGCGCGUCUCACAGUCCGAAGCCCUGCAGAUCCUCACGGCCGCCAGCAUCCUGCAGAUCAAAACGGUCAUCGAUGAGUGCACGCGCAUCGUGUCGCAGAACGUGGGCGAUGUGUUCCCGGGGAUCCAGGACUCGGGCCAGGACACGCCCCGGGGCACACCCGAGUCGGGCACCUCGGGCCAGAGCAGCGACACCGAGUCAGGCUACCUGCAGAGCCACCCGCAGCACAGCGUGGACAGGAUCUACUCGGCGCUCUACGCCUGCUCCAUGCAGAACGGCAGCGGCGAGCGCUCCUUCUACAGCGGCGCAGUGGUCAGCCACCACGAGACUGCACUCGGCCUGCCCCGCGACCACCACAUGGAAGACCCUAGCUGGAUCACGCGUAUCCACGAGCGCUCGCAGCAGAUGGAGCGCUACCUGUCCACCACCCCCGAAACCACGCACUGCCGCAAGCAGCCCCGGCCCGUGCGCAUCCAGACCCUGGUGGGCAACAUCCACAUCAAGCAGGAGAUGGAGGACGACUACGACUACUACGGGCAGCAAAGGGUGCAGAUCCUGGAGCGCAACGAGUCCGAGGAAUGCACGGAAGACACCGACCAGGCUGAGGGCACCGAGAGUGAGCCCAAGGGCGAAAGCUUUGACUCAGGCGUCAGCUCCUCCAUAGGCACCGAGCCCGACUCCGUGGAGCAGCAGUUCGGGCCCGCGGCGGCGCGGGACGGUCCAGCCGAACCCGCCCAACCUGAGCAGGCCGCGGAAGCCCCGGCUGAGGGCGCCCCGCAGCCGCACCAGCUGGAGACGGGUGCCUCUUCCCCGGAGAGAAGCAACGAAGUGGAGAUGGACAACACGGUGAUCACCGUCAGCAACAGCUCCGACAAGAGCGUCCUGCAGCAGCCCUCGGUCAACACGUCCAUCGGGCAGCCAUUGCCAAGUACCCAGCUCUAUUUACGCCAGACAGAAACCCUCACCAGCAACUUGAGGAUGCCUCUGACCUUAACCAGCAACACACAGGUCAUUGGCACCGCCGGCAACACCUACCUGCCGGCCCUCUUCACUACCCAGCCCGCGGGCAGCGGCCCCAAGCCUUUCCUCUUCAGCCUGCCACAGCCCCUGGCAGGCCAGCAGACCCAGUUUGUGACAGUGUCCCAGCCCGGCCUGUCAACCUUUACUGCACAGCUGCCAGCGCCACAGCCCCUGGCUCCAUCCGCCGGCCACAGCACAGCCAGUGGGCAGGGCGAAAAAAAGCCUUAUGAGUGCACUCUCUGCAACAAGACUUUCACCGCCAAACAGAACUACGUCAAGCACAUGUUCGUACACACAGGUGAGAAGCCCCACCAAUGCAGCAUCUGCUGGCGCUCCUUCUCCUUAAAGGAUUACCUUAUCAAGCACAUGGUGACACACACAGGGGUGAGGGCGUACCAGUGCAGUAUCUGCAACAAGCGCUUCACCCAGAAGAGCUCUCUCAACGUGCACAUGCGCCUCCACCGGGGCGAGAAGUCCUACGAGUGCUACAUCUGCAAAAAGAAGUUCUCCCACAAGACCCUCCUGGAGCGACACGUGGCCCUGCACAGUGCCAGCAACGGGACCCCUCCCGCGGGCACACCCCCAGGGGCCCGCGCUGGCCCCCCAGGGGUGGUGGCCUGCACGGAGGGGACCACUUACGUCUGCUCCGUCUGUCCAGCAAAGUUUGACCAAAUCGAGCAGUUCAACGACCACAUGAGGAUGCAUGUGUCUGACGGAUAAGUAGUAUCUUUCUCUCUUUCUUAUGAACAAAACAACAAAAAAGAAAACAAACAAAAAAAGCUAUGGCACUAGAAUUUAAGAAAUGUUUUGGUUUCGUUUUUACUUUCUGUUUUUGUUUUUGUUUCGUUUCAUUUUGUACUACAUGAAGAACUGUUUUUUGCCUGCUGGUACAUUACAUUUCCGGAGGCUCGGGGGAACACGGGUUCUCCCAGCCUCCCUCGGAUGGUGGCCUUAAGGCCUGGUAGUGCUUCAGGAGGUCCACUGGUUGGAUCUCUAGCUACUGGCCUCUAAAUACAACCCUUCUUUACAAAAAAAUCUUUAAAAAAAAAAAAAAAAAAGUAAAAAAAAUUUUUUUUUCACUUGUGAAGAGCACUACAAAAAUAUAUAACAAAAUCUAAAAGGCCUACUGUCUUUAAGUACACCGCUUGCAGUGUUUCAGUGGACAUUUUCACAAUUCUGGCCGCUUGGACUUCACAGUAACCAGUUAAAACUGUGGAAUAUCACUUUCUGGUUGAAAACCCAGAGGAAAAGGCCCUGCUGUUUUCCACCUACCACAUUGUCUGAUUUCCUAAAAGGGCUGUGGGGGUGGGGAGGGGUGUGGGUUUGGUGAUGUGGGAAAGGCAAAUGGCAGGCUUCUCCCCAAAAUGUCGCUCCGUCCACUCGCCCUGGCCCACCCCCUCCCUAUCCCCCCUUUCAGCAGAAGCCAGGAAGACUUGGACAAGCAUCAAGCAACAGUGGCUAUCGUAUUUAUUCAGUGUCUUCGCUGAGCCUCAGCCUCAGCACAAUCAAGAGGGACUUUCAUGAAAGGCAGGAAUGCAGAUGAAACAAAGAUAUCAGAGGUUUGCACCUACGUUUCUAGGUACAAGAGAAGGAUUAUUUCCAACAAUCUUUGCAAAAACAAAAAAACAAAAAAAAAGGUGUCAGGAUAUAUUCUUGUGGAAGAGAAAAAGAAAGAGAAAUGGAGGGUGGGGGGAUAAUAAAAAGUUCUUGAGGCUUUUUUAAUUCAAAAUUUUAUAGAGGGGCAAAAGUGACGUUUACCAGAUAGAAUGCUGAUUUUUUUAAUAUAUUUACAACAGUAUUUGUGUAAAAAAAAAACAAAAAAAGUGAGAUUGUUAAAAGUAAUUUUUUUCAUUUUGGUUUUGCAUACACUGCCACCAAUCCCUUCUCUUUUAUUUUAUUUCACACACAUAUAUAUAUUUUUUGGUAAGUCAAGACUGUUAAGGUUAGCGUUACUGCUUCCAGAUAGAAAGAGUAAAAGGCAAUUAAAGUUAUAUUUGAAAGAGAGGAAGGAUAUUUUCUUCAUAUUUUUUUAAAUUUUUCUUAAUUUUUAUUAUUUUAAGUAUUGCCUGGGUUGAUGAGGGCCUCUGGCCAACCCAUCCCUGCUGUAAUUUGAACUGCUGCUUUGUAUUUUGAUACGUAGUUCUUUGACUUUUAGCAAGCUUAAGUUGCUCCACUGAAUAUUUUUUUUUUCAACUGAUUCAUCUAGAAUUCUGUUCUUUUUCAUGGGAGGGACUUUAUCUUUCAGAAACAGAUUUCUUGCUUCUCUGAAAGUUCAUCGAGAUCUUACGAUUCUAGAAUUUCUAUUGACUUUACUUUUUUUCUUUAUGAAACACUAGUCGUCUAGAGGUCUUGACAAAUGGGCUCUUUCCUUUUGUGGUCAGCCAGGAGGAGGAGUUCACAGAACUCUGCUGUCCCUCCUCACCCUUCACAGCUACAGAGAGCAGCGUUAUCAGAAGCCUGGCGCAGAUCAGGCGGCCUCGAUGCCAAAACUUCUUCGAUCCUUUCAAAAAUCAUCUUCUAUUUCCAUCAUUAUUGAGAGGGCUAAGUAAGAUGAUUGCUCUUUAGAUGGUUUAUUAACCCUUGCUUUGGGGUAAGGUUUGAAAGAAACUAACAAAAACCUCCCAGAUGCCAACAUCCAUCAUUCAAAAGGCCACCAAUUCAUUGCAUUAUCUUCGAUGCCACUCUCUCUUCCUAGUUGGGAUUUCUCUCCUCGGUCCUGAUCAAGGUAUUGGAAUAGAGAUUCUUCCAUGAUAGACAGUGUCCUAAAGGGAUUCCAACUCAAAUGUAGGAAUUCUUUAAACCUAACAAAAACACCAAAGGUGAUUUCAUUGUGGGACAUAUUUUAAUGCCUUUAGAGGGAAAAGUAAAUCUUUAAACAAAGCGGAAACACUAAACUACAGUUUUUUAAAAAAAGAAGAAAAGAGAGUGUUUUAGCUUCAGAAAUUACAUUUUAAUUUAAUUUUCCUAUCAGCAGCUUACUUACAGAAACUGUGCAACAAAUGAGAAAUCUUCCAAGGGAGGCAACUCUAUGAUAACUAAAUUAGUUUUACUCAUGCUUUUUAAAAUUGGUAAACUUGUAUCUUUUCCACAAGUUUUUGGUGAUGAUUAGUAGGGUUAGUGUGGCUGGAGUAUAUGUGAGUUUGAUUUGGUCCUGUGGUCCUUAAUUCAGUAAAUAUUUUGCUAGAAGUUUUCAUGUGGAUUUGGAUGAUUGACUGACCUUUAAGUAUCACCCAUAAUGACUUCUAAAGAGUCCUGCCAGGAAUUAUGUGUCCAAAGUUGACCUGUUUUAAAAAUUAGUGGGAAACAGCUUCAGCAGUAAGAAAAGGGCCAUUUUCUCUUGCUAAUUUUGCUUUUCGAAAUAGUCAUCUUUAGUAAGCCUCCAGUAUUUCCACUUAUUACCAAGAGAGGGAGCAUUAGUUAAUUAACCAUGUCAUAGAAUUUUGGUAUUUUGAUAAGCACGUCGUUCAACUCAUGGUAUAAAAAAGGAAAAAACUGACAUUAAGAAAAAUAUCUUUUUAAUCUAGAGGAAAAAGAUAUGAAAUCACUUAGCAUAUGUUACAAAUGAAAGAAGGCCAAAAGUCACUUUAAAAUAUUUUGAAUUAUUUGAGAGUAGCUGGUUUAAAAUAGUAUCCUUAUUCAAACCUUAGAAAAGUAGACAGAUACUAUAGGACCUCCAGAAACUUGAUCUUGGAUACCAUUAUGGGCCACGUUUAGCUAUCUGCUUCUCAAAUCUGAGGGAGACCCAUUUGCCUUAAUGUUGAUUUGCCACGUAAAAAUCUAAGUAAUUGGGUUAAAACCUACCUUUCGUUAUAGAGCACAUAGGGGGGAAAAUACCAGUUGGGUUUAAUCCUUGCAUUCUUCCUUUUCCUCAAAUGAAGUAUCUGUCUUUGUAAAAAUGUUGGCGGACUCCCAGAGAAUUCCUGGUGAGGUGAUGUAAUCAUUAUAACAGCAUGGACCAUCCAGGUUGGCAUAGCAGUAGACUUUUUCUUACUGUGUGUCUAUUCCUCAUGAACGUCUCAUGGUCCAAAAUAGUUGACAGAUUGUUCUUUGGGAGAGGAAGAAGCUCGAUCGGAGUGGAAGAUCUAAUCUAGGGAGCAGUGAACUUUCUGUGGGGCGUUUACUCCAUGCUCUGGCCUUUGAAAGGGCUGCUUUCCAACUGACCUACAUUUUAAGUCUGUACCUAUUUCAAAAGGAUAGAGUAGCUUUUAGUUUGUCAAUCCUUACUUUUAAAUUAAAUAAUCACCAAUAUCUUAAGAAUGGGGAAACAUUUUACUUCAAGAAUAGAAAUGAGCAUGGAUUCUUUUAUUUUUUAGUUUCAAAUCCAACAAUCUUCUUACAUUUAGAACUUUAUGCUAGGAUGCUAUGAGUGCUAAAAAAAAAAAAAAUUUCAGUACCCAGAAAAAAGGAAAAUAGAUGAAAUUGAAGCAAAUGUUCCAGAUUUAAGAUUUCUUAGGAUGAAUACUGAGAACAAGAGCUGGUAUGAAAAAGUACAUUAUUUUUAGCAAUUUAUGAUAUAAACUGGAUUAGCUGAACAAAGGAUAGGAUAAAAACCAAAGAGGAAGGUUUAUCUCAAGACAUUUAGAUAAAGUCUACUAAAAAUAAAAUUUCCCAGCACUAAAAACAUAGGUAGCAUCUCAGCAGAGCAGGCAAUUUUUCCCCAUUAAUAUAAUAAAUGCCAAUAUUUGUAACCUCCAAAGCCCCAAAUGUGUAAAAUAGAGCCCCAAAAAGGAGGGAGUAUGGACACAUGGAUCUGAUACAAAUCUAAACAUGGAAAAAGACUGAGAAACAAGCCAGGCCAAAAAAAAAAAAAAAAAUCUGAACUAAAAGUUUCUACAUCAAAACAUUUCUUAGUAUACAGUUUGGUAAACUUUAGCUCUUAAUAACAGCAUUUAUAGACUUUUCCUUCCCCAAAUUCCUAAUGCUCCACAUCUGUUUGUGCCAUGAGUAAGUACGGUAGAUAAUUUCCUGCUCUUGUUCCAGCCGAAGCCCAUUCCUUCUUCCUAGGCCUCUCGGAGGUCAUAGUAGCUCCUGGCCUUAGAAAGAAAGGCUUGGAUUUGCUUUGUUUAUAAGGCACAGGGAUUUUAUUUUAUAUCAGCUCAACAUUCUAUAAGGACCAAGAAAACUUCUUUCAACCCACGGACAGUUAGAAUUUGUGCAUUGUGGUAGGAAAAGAGCAAAUUUCCCUUGGGUGUGUUUGUUCCACCUAACUGCUGAUGAUGCCUUUGCCUACCUGUACUCCAUCUGAAUUACACACUGACAGUGUGGGCCCAGCCCACGCCCUGAAUGAGUGGUUUCCCUCAGCACAGAAGUUGAAAGUGAUAUGUACUUCUAAAAUCCCUCAGAGCCCCAAGGAAACAUAAUAAGAGUUCCUGUCGUGUCCUUGGUGUGGCUGCUCCAGAACGCUCCCAAUACAUGGCCCUUAGGAAAGGGGGCAAUGAGGUAGAUCUGGCCAGGAUUCCCAGGAGUCAUACCCAUUCUAGAGCCUUCCUCAGUUGUUCUAGAAGAUGUUAUUUAAUCACUUGGGGCCAGGAGCAGAGACGUGAUGUGUGAUCCUGCAGCAAAGGUAUCAGCUAACUACAUGGGGUCUGCAUCUGCUGUAGCCAGUGUGUUGCUGGGGCAAAAAGAGGGUGCAAGGGAGGAGCAGGCCCAACCCGAGAUGCCCUUGGGGUUUAGGAGAAGGGAGGGUGCCCUUUCGGUUGUGACCUGACUCUUAAAAGAAAUCUUCUGAAAGAAUUCUUGAAUGUAGUCUUGAGUUGAAGUCCAGGGUCCUGGGAGCCCUGGGGAAGAGAACAGAAGGAUUGCAAAAUGCAUUCAGCACCCAAUAAUGUGAAGCCAGAAAACAUCCAAUCACAGCACUAGGAGGUUUGGCAAGAGGUAUUUAGAGAACUCUCUGGGCUUUUCCAUGGGUAGGGUCGACAGACUUUCUUUUGAGUGAUUUCUGGCUCUGAGAACCCUCUUUACUCACUAUAAAAGAACUUUAUUUAAAUGACCAAUUUUGUCCCCCAGAAAAAGAAAUUUUAGAAAGAGAAAAAUGGGACACUAAAGGCAGAACCAUGUGACUUGGUGUCAAACAAAAGGAAAGGGGCGCAUCAGAAUUUCAAUAGGCUCCCUAAUUUCACAGAAAAGCAAGGCAACCCAGUGCCUCUCGGUCUGGAGCAUGUAAAGAGUGCUUGAGCUGACCUGCCAUCAGGCUCCCCCUGUGCCAGAGGCAACCUCAUGGGGGGAGCAGCGGCAGCUGCUUUCUCUUCUGUGUUUUCAUGAAGAAAGGGCCUGUUCUCCUAGGUGCCCAGGAAGUAGAUGACCCAGGGCAAACUUUCCAAAGCAGUCUCUACCCUGUGCUCAGACCACGUAUGGCAACAGAAAAGGGGCACCUCGGAGGCGCUCUUGCCCUAGAGAGAGGAUAUUUUCAUAUUCCCAAGAGCUGUUUGUGUAGUUUGCAUUUCAGAUACUGCUUAAAUCUCCCCAAGAAGGAAAGCUGUGAUGACUCAGUGUUCCUGUAAGCACAAAGCCUGGAAAUUACAAACCCAAAGCAUCAUUUCUGGCACUAGGUACUAAGACGAUUAGCCUGACCAGAACACCCCAAAGAUUUUUCUAAGUCUCUGAAUAUUUUUUUUCUUCUGGAACACCGAAUCCAUAGCGGUCAGCAGUACCCAUUAACAGAUCCCAGAAGAUGGUGUGACACACUAGUGUCUGUUUCAAUUCUUUCUAGAGUAAAGAGGUAGAAGAUGAGGGCUACACAGGUUUCUUUUCAGGCCUGUGUGUUUUACUGAACGAGGGGUGAAAAUGAUGCCCUGAGUUGAAACAAGAAACAUCACUUUUUCACACCGCUGGCCGAAAUGCCUAGGUUCCAGUGGUUCUUCAGGCCCAGCCUAUUGCUCCAAAAACCGAAUACUUUCAGACUAAAUCUAAUCUGAAGUGACCUCAGUUAAAGUAUUUUGGCAGGAAGCCACUUAUAGUAAAGAAUUACUGCCUUAAAUCAGAAAGCCCAGGGAAGAGAAUAGAAGAUAGAGAAACUGUAAGGGUGUGAAGACAUGGCCAUUUCUUGCUUCUUAAUGGUUAUAUUAUCAAAAAAAAUGAGCCCCACUCGUGACUGAAAAUGAUGGAAACAGUGACUUUGGGGGGAGGCACCAAACUUGUCCAGAACUGGCUACACUCAGGAAGUGGCUGCUAUUUCCUGUCCUAUCUCAGUGACAUAGGUCUGGGCUGGAUAGAAAACAGACAUCCUAUUAGCCAAAUAGUGAGUUGCAUAAGACAGGAUCACAGGUGCCUAAGAUGCCAGUUUUAAUCAUGUGCUUAACAGGGAGAACAAUCUCAGCAAAAAGCUUUCUUUUCCUGUACAGUGUAUAUCUCUGAACUUUUUUUUUUUUUUCUCAGUUUCAGUGAGCAUCUGGUUUAUCUGGUGGUUCUUUGUUGAAAUGCAAACUCACAACUUUCGAGUCUUCAGUGAAGGAGCACAGUCUGCAGAUUGGAGGGAAAUUUUUGCCACAGUUCCGGGAGUCCUGGCUCUUGAGAUGCCUAAUUAGGGUAUAAAAAGUCCCUAACUAGCCCUCUUGCCAGCUCAGAGGUUUCCUUGAUUCAAAAUGCUUCAAUGAGAUUCUGAUACACCCAAGACAGGAAAAAAAAAAUUAACCCCCUAGAAGACAUCUGUUUCUACUACUUUUGCAACAGAAGUUUGCUAUUGCCCAGCAAAAUCAUUACAAUUUAUAUGUAGAUUCUAGUAAUGAAAGGGACUUAACCCAUCUAGUAUGUCACAGCUGCUGUCCAAAAUGUCUGUAAAUGAGUACAUAUUAUGCAUGUACACACGCAGUGUGGGGUGCUCUCACCACCACACUAUUCCACAUGCAUAGUCCCCAGCAACAAGAUAGAGUCUGGAAUUUCUAGUUAGUCAAAGAUCUCGCAUAUCUCAUUUAUCUGCUUCUGCUCUGUUGCCUUAGUUGGGUGCACAAGUGCCGCCCACUAUCUGUGAUGAGGCUCUAAGGCAUUCUGAAGGAGCCCAAGCAUCAGUAAUAUCUCUGUACCCCUUUCAUGAGACACUUGAACUUGCUUGUGUGGAGUAGAGUGCACUUAACAAACUGCCCUUCUACUGGAUUUACUGACAUGUGCGUGCAUGUGUAUUUGCGUGUGUACUUGUUGUAGUCUGAGAGUACGUGUGCAUCUCAAACAACGCACACACCAGCAUAGGUCCUGGUGCAUAGAUACAUUUGCCUCUUCCCACCAUCAUGCUCAAGACUUGUGGCUCCCUUCCCAGGAAGCAGUCACCUGCCCACUCUGUUGCUUUUUGUAGCAUUUCAGAGUUGGGAGAAACAGAGGCAGCUUGUUGGAUCCACAGCAAACCCACAGUGACAGGCUGUUUGCCUCCAGAAGAAGGUAGAACAGACACACUCAACUGGCAAGUAGACAAGAGGGAACAGCCGUCUGGGGUACCCCUGGCCCCUUUGCGGGGGGUGCAGGAGGGGCACCGAUGCUAGUCAGGCAAGGCCCAUACAGACUUCAGUUUGAGCCAUUCCAUGGCUUAAAGGCCUCCAUUCCUUUCCUCUAUGCAACCCAGUGUGUGCACAAAAACACCCACCCACUUGUAAGUUUUACUCCCAAACUAAAGCUUCCUAAUCCUGCUGGCAUUUGCAGGGAACCAUCAUCAUUCACAAACUGUGUCUCCUGAAACCAAUGUGGCCUUUGUCGAAGUCUUUCCAGGAGUGGGUUGUUUACUAUGUCUAGCAAACCAAUAGACUCUCGGAAGAAUAUUUCGUGGUCAUCUCUAAGAAUUGAUGGCUCCUGCCCAUCUCAAACAUUAAAGUGGAAGCAUGCUCUAGUGUACUAUUCUGAAUAAACAGACCUGGCUGUCAUAGCUGACUUCGAAGGGUGGCCUGGAAAUAGUCGGAUUCAGUUUUCUCACUCCCAUGCCCUUCUUUAGCUGGUUUAUUAUUUUUUGUGAUAUGUGGAUUAUUUCUGCUAACUUACAGAAUUCAGAGGACAUUUUCUUUCCUCUUCUAUUUUGGUGAUUUUCCCCCUCCCCAAUUAAGUAAAGCUACUUACAGUUGCAAUCUUCGUUGUUGGGGUUUUUUUGUUUUGUUUUGUUUUUUGGGUUUUCUUUUUUUUUUUUUUUUUUUUUUACUGUAUAUUGUCUUUCUAUAUCCAAAAGAAGUCUGUGACUGUAACCAUAGGUAUUUCUUUUUACUGGAAAAAAAUGAAUUUUUUUUUAAUUAACAGUACUAGUGACUUUGUGGAAGAAUAUGAGUUACUAUUUAGGUAUGCUUACUUAAGUACAGUACACUACAUUGCAGUAUUUCUGAAAGCUAGAACAUACACAUUAUAUAUAACAACUCUAUAUUGAAAUAUAUAUUACAUUAUAUUCAUUUAACUUUUGAAUCUGCCUAUGAUCAUGAGUUGAUUGAAAUAUUAUUUCUUUGCAUUUAUCACCCAUCACCAACCUGCUGCAGUUAAUCUGGUGCAUUUAGUAAUAAUCAUUACUGCUCUAGUUUGCUUUUUAUAUUAUCAGCUUCAGUAUUGUCUUUACAGGAUUUUAGAAUUUUUUUUAAGCUCGGACUUAGCAAAUGUAGGAAAGUGAAAACUUUUUUUAAGAAAAAAUUUUUGUGUGUGUGGCCGACACAAAGAGGUUCAUAGUCAACAUGAUCUUGUUUAGCUGACCCUCUCAGUAUCUCAAGAACAAAAGAAGCGCAUAUGAAUGUAUCUGUGAUUUUCCCCUCUAGGACUGUCACUGUCUAUAUUUGCUUUUAAAAAUAUGACCAAGGGGCCGCUUAACCUCCAUAUGAUCUGACCAGCAAUCACAGGCUGCAUUUCAAAGGGCUGCUCAUCUGAGAAGCAGAAGGCAGUUAAAUCCCUAGUUGUCCCAAACGUAUUUUCAAACAUUGAUUUUUAAUACUGGUUCUUCACUGACUACUUUCUGUUUUCAAUCUGCUUACAAUUAGUCAUCAAUGCUUCCCUGGAGGUAACUCAGCAAUAUAAUAUUUUCCUGAGAGAUUUUUUUUUAUUUGAUGAAAUCAGAAUUUGAGGAACUUUUUCAUGACAGAGGCUGAUAGAACUAGAACUACUCAGAAAUGUAUAGUUCAUUUUUUUAGUCUGCAGAGUUCAUAAAAUGGUGGUUCUUGGGUAUCUGGCCCUCAAUAUCUCUGUUUGUCUGUUAAGGUGGAGAUUUGGUGCCUUUCUUCUUUAACCAGACCAUCGUGAGAACAUCAGAAAUCAGGCAUCCUGUCUUCUUCACAAGAAAUAUUUUCACAUAACAUCUUUAAAGCUUCUUCAGCUUCCCUUGGCUACUCAAUCCAGUGCUUGGAAAACUCCACUGAUGGAUAAACUAUACCUCCCUCCUGGGUUCCUAAGACCAGGCUUAUUCUCUCGGGUCUGCAUUCAGGACAAAAUGAAAACAGCUGUUCAUAAUACUCAGCAUGAGAGCCCUUUCCACACUGAACCACGAUGAAGGCUUCUCAGUGUGAAUAACAUUAAUUCCCUCCUUUCAUCUUUUCCAGGAGAGUUUUCUUUUCCAGCCCCUCCCCUUCCCCCUUCUCCAGCUCCCUUCCACAUUCUCUACUUGUGAAACCCAGGACUCAUUAAGGGACUACCAACUCUAGUCUGCUUCACAGGAGCUAGUAUUGAGUCUAAAAGCAUCAAUCUGUUUCUCCAAAGUUUGCGAUGAAAUCUAGUUCUGCUAGACAAACAUAAUUGUAAAUUGAGGAUUAGGGAAGCUGUUUUUUGGUUGUUGUUUUUUUUUUUUUUCCCAAUGAUUACUUCAUCUCCAAAUUGUAUCUACUUCACUGUUUUCCUCUUUCCUUUUCCUUCUCUUCAUUACUUGUUUCUCUUUAAGACUUUAAAUUACCACUUCCUCUCCCCACUGCCCUGAGAACUCUAAUAAUUAUGACCCUCGGGGCUCAUUUCCCUUCCUUCUUUCUACCCCAUUCUGAAUUCCUCCUUUGAGCUUUAUGUGGCAAGAGUGUUGACGUGAGUGAGCUCCUCACCAGGAGACCCGUAGGCAGACUGGGGGCUGUCUUCACAGUACCUGCAAGUUUUAAAGUUAUCAAUGUUCUUUUGUGAGUGGGAGGACCUGAGUCACAGUUGUAAAUGUCAGCUGUACUAGCUGAGGGUCAUUAAUUCCUUUCAACCUUCACAUUUGGCCAAAGAUAAAGAGAAAAAUAUUUUCUGGUUUCUCUCUCUUUUUUUCAAUACCACAGUGUUCAAAUUCCGGAUAUGAGUAGUCAAUUUCUGAGGGAGAAAAAAAAAUUAUCACUGCUGACUCUCAGCUACUGCUAAUAUUUAGCCAGAUGACAUAUUUACUGGCUACUAGACACAGAAGUCUAAUGAAAGGUGUGAUAUUUCAGAAUAAUUUUGAUAACUGCCCGAGCCUUAGUGAGCUCUUCUAAAACAAGUAAAGCCACUUCUCAAACGUAUCGUAUGGGAUGACUAAGAAUAAAUUUUUUAUUUAUUAUCUUUUUGAAAGACAAAUGAUUGGCUUAUAACUCGAAGUAGGAAUUUACUAAGGGAUAAAAAGAUCCAUAGUUUCUAAAGUGUCUAUUUUGCAACCAGAUUUUUUUUAAACCUGAACUUAAUAUGUGCUUAAAUAAAAUAAUAACAAGGCUGAACAGAUACUUGAUGGGCCAUGUAAUACACUCCCCAGUACCUAAGCAUUCACCAUGUAAUUCGGUCAUCAUGCUAGAUGCCAUUUCAAUGACUUACAACUGUCAGGUUGCCAGAACAUCGCCCAAAGACUGGUACAGCUUUGGGUCUGUCCCUUUACAGGAUGUUUAUGACUUGAUCUUAACAACUCUGCAGGGGUCCCAGUCCAGCACUCUUAUUGUGACACCGCCUUACUGCUCAGCUUCUGUGGCAUUUAGAGCACUACCUGGUUUUGAGCACACAAGGGCAUGCUUUCAUUUCUUACUGUAUCCACUGACAGACAGAAGCAACAUUAAUAUCAGAAAUGUAUUCUUAAUUAGACUUGAGGCAUGAGCCAGAUUUUAUCUUAGUCAAGCCAGUUUUUCACAUCAUCUCACACUGCAGAGAGCAAUGAGAUAAAGACGUUCAGGAGUUACCUGGUGGCUCUCUGGGUUAAGGAUCUGGCAUUGUCCCUGCUAUGGUUCUGGUGCAGGUUUGAUCCCUGGCCCCAGAACUUUGCAUGCUGAGGGCAUAGCCAAAAAAUAUAUAGAAAAGCACUCAAGUCAACACAUUUUUUAAAAAUAAAUUAAAAGAGGUUCAAAAGCCUUUCCAAGUUUCUAUUCUCAUAGGAAAUCAGAACUUCUUAAAGCCAGUAUUUAUGUUGCCUAGGGCUAUGAUCUUCAUUUCACACAUUCUUCCCAUUAUUUCUAUCUCCUUGCUGUCCUUUGUCUGUUCUGAUUUCCUCUAUCUUUUUUUUUAAAGUACUCUUCAUCUGAAGUACUCCUCUCCUCAGCCUUUGGCUUCUCAAAGAAUAAAAGACUCUCUUUUAAAUCCUAAGUAGCAUCAUGUAAAGUAUAAUGUGGAGGAGGAGAGGAUCCAGUUCUGAUAGGUCCCGUGUGGUCCAGUUUAUCACAAGGAUUCCUCCAGAAUGCCUUCUUGACAUUGUUCAUUCUAGUUCCCCAAGAAGGGCUCUAACCCUGAGACCUGGGAUUUCUCACUACAACCUCUGCAUUAGUCUAGAUUAAUGUCUAAAGCCUGUUUAAUAUUCUGGAGACUCCAGGAUGUGAAUUUCUUAUUGCUUAUGAGCCUCCUGCUUUUCUAAGCUGACACCUGUCAGGAGCACCAGUAGCCCUCACAGUAACUAAUGCAGCAGAAUAAUGGUCAGAAACAUUAUAGUAUGUAUUGGGGAGGAUAAGAAGAGAUUUGUUUCUUUUCCUCCAUUCAGAGCUUGCUUUCUCCCCCAUCCCACCCCACCCCUGCCACCACAAUGCAUUUCAGAAACUCUGCAUCUCAUUUUACAGAUAUGUAGUUUUAGGAUUUGCAAAUAUAGCUUAGGAAAUGUUCCGAGAUUGAGGCUGGUAGCAAACCAGUUUAUUUUCUGCACUGGACUUUAGGACAAGUGUGCACAGAUACAAUUCCUUCAAAGAAAGUGAAACUAACAUAGUAAAGCAAAGGGAUAAUACUUUUACACAUUAAAACAGUUGUUUGCUAUCUGUAAACCUUGAUGUAAGCAUAAUUACUACUUUUUAGAAACCUAAAACUGGAGGAAUGUGUAUUUUAGUAAAGUUUGUUUGUUGAUUUGUUUGUAUCUCUUUCUUCUCAAGACAGUAAAAAAAAUUUAAUUCUUUCAUUUGAUACUGUCCAAGGCCAUAGGCAUCAGUCAAAUUUCCAACCUUUACCAUACUCCUUUCUCUCUUAGAAUGAAAAGCCUUCUAUUCUAUCAUUAAGGAGCCUUUCUCCAUGAAAAUCUUUAUCUUCCUUUUCAAGUAGCAUGUGAGAGCUUUGAGGAGAGAGAUUUGCUCUGCACUUUGAGGGUAGGAUAGUUAAAAUAAAAGCUAUUCCUUGAAAAAGAAACCUGUGUACCUAAACUAAUAGGUCCGAAGCCUAACAAUGGGAAUUGAUUGCAGAUAAAGGUCAUGCCUUUCACACUACAAAUCCUUAUUGCCUUCUCACAUUUUUUGAAAUAAGGCUGGGAAUAAACUAAAGUAGUGAAAAUCCUCCUUGGAUGCUUCUUAUGAAUAUAGUACAGAAUCACCAGAAAAGAAAAAGAAAGGAUGUUACUAAAAUGCCAAAACCAGUCGAUCUAUAGAUUUCUAUAAUUGUUAAGAUUUCUGUUCUGUUUAUUUUAAAGCAAUGUAUGUUCAUGAAGAGUGUUAAAUAGAGAAACAUCCACUUCUCCGUUGCCUCUCAUCUCCCCCUGGGCACUGGAGGUGAUACUCACAGAGGGAGAUUGGCACUGCAUGGCCAGUCUUUCACCCUAGCACCACAAAAGAAGGAAAAACCAAAUCAGAAACUUUAAAAAACAAAAAAAGAGGAAAUUGUAGUGCUUCAUUUGAAAGCAUACUUUUUUCAACUCAAUGUAAUUUACAGAUAGCCUGACAACCUUUUUAUAACCUGUCUUUUGUGCUAUAAUUUGCAUUCUUAGCUGAGUCUUUAAAAUAAUUGCAAUUUCAAUUAAAGAAACAGAAGAAAGGUAAGGGGGGGGGGGGGGGGGGGACAAGACAGUGUGAUGGGGCUAAAUCUGAUACAGUUCUGGAUUCCUAAAGCCAGUUCUCAGGGUUCACAGGGGAAGUCACUUGCCCUUAACCAUUCUUGCCCAUUCUUGCUGUUAUAGGCCUAGGAAUUAGUAAAGUGACUCACUUCUUGGUGACUUAAGACUUUUCUUAAUAUAGUCAAACCCAUACAGAGAAAUCACAGAAACCCUUGAUUGCUCCUAUUCCUCAUCCUCUCUCAGAAGCAUAUGCAGAGAGAUAACUGACAAUAAAACAAUGGUUCAAAUUUGAUACAAGAUUUAGACAUAGUCUAAAGUGCUUAGUAUAUGUUUACUGCCAGAGGGUUCUUUGUAAAAUAAGGCGAGUUACUCUGCUUUCCUUGGGCCAGACUUUGAGCUGGAACCAUCUGCAUGUAGAUUUGUAGGAGAAAAUUCACAGAAGCAUUGUCAGCAAACUUCUUCUUCAUUCCCAUCAAUUAAGUUUUCCUGAGGGGCCUAUUGAGGUAUAAAUUAAGGGUAACUUUCAUAUAGCUAAUUAAAAUUGUUUUUUGCACUAUUGUUGAAAGAAGUGUGGUUUUCCCAAUAAAUGAAAGCUGACUCUCCUAGUAAUCCUCAUAGUUCCAAACAAAGGCAAGGAGUUGACGGAAUCAAGACACUCCCUGGUAACUUGGUGUUUCAAAAUAAUUUGAGUGUGCUGACCCCACUCUGCCAGAUGUUUCUAGAAUCUAUUCUAAACUACAUAUUGCUUCUCCUGAGACUUCCAGCAUGCCCGUGGAUAUGCGCAGAUGAGCAGAUUUACACUUGGAGGGUGAAGACCCAGACAAACUGAAGAGAACGAUUCUUGAGGAUAAUCAAAUGCAAGGCAUUUCUCCAGAAUCACUCAAUACUGCCAUAUCCCAAACUAAGUCCAGAUUAAUAUUAAGCAAAAAAUAAGCUCCAUAAGACAUCCUGCUAUGAAUGUUUUUUUCUUACCGAAUAAUACAAGAAGAGGUACAAUGCAGACUCUUUUAAUUUUGGUGUAAUAAUUCACUUUUAUAUUUAAUAAUUGUACUUUUUGUGUGAGUGUGUCAUUGAGCUAUUUGUAUUUUUCAAUCCUGAGAGGGGCCUUGAGAAUUUCUGUAUAUGUGUAUGUAGAUCUGUAUUUAUGUGUAGUCAGAAAAAGUGGAUAGGAGAGGAAUGAGGCGAGAGAGAAGGUCAAUGUGAAAAAGUGAGUGCUCCUAGUGUCCCUAUUUGUGUUAGAUAAGGUGGCUGCUGCCCGAAGCCCUGGAGGAAUAGCUGAUUGCACUAUUCAGAAAUAAGAACCCAGCACUGUUAAAUUUAGGACCGUGUUUUGGGAAACAGGAAAGCUUUAUCUUUUUCUGUAGGCAUUCCCUUUCACAUCGCAUUGGAGCCAUUUGACAUGAUGAAAACCAUUCAAUAAAAACCACUACUGACCUUUGCAUUAAAUAGCUAUUUUCCUCUUCUAAAUACUGCCCCUGGUUUCAACUCAGCUCCUUCCUUUUAUUUUCUGCCUAUUGGCUUAACAUUUUAUGGAAUAAUACCUAGGUGCAUGCUAGUUGUUUUUUCCCUUGAGCUGAAACAAAUGGGGACAACAAAAGAGAUGACUCACAGAAAUGUGAGGUAAAAACUGAAUUUCCCACUUUUGUGGCACUGGUAACUUUUAGUGAGAGCUUUUUAAGGUUGAGCUUGGGUCUGUAAUGGGCUUUUUUUUUUUUUUUUUUUUUUUUUUUUUUUUUUUGCACUAAAUAAAUAUGACUGCACUGCAUUGCACUACUGAAAUGUAUUUACUUGUGCCGGGAGAGAGUGUGUGAGGUAUGGGAAAGAAAGAGGCAAGUUAUGAAACUAGAAGCACCACAAAAACGGAGGGUUAUUUCCAUCAUGCUUGGUCAUAGCAGGGUUGGUGAGAAUCUGUGCAAGCUGCCAGCCCUUGAUCAGGCCUAGAAACGGCCACGCUGAUAGGAUCUAUUUUCUUGUUAUAAAGAAGCUGAGUUAGUACUGUAAACUGAAGAUGCUGAAGGAGAAGUUUGCCCAAUGUUCGUCUCCAACUAAGCCUUCAGUAAGCGCUGUGAUGGUGAGGAAGCCAACCGAGGUGGCCAGAUGUCUUCGCCUUGGCCCGGAGGUAUGGCCUCCUCUUAGAAUAACCUCACCUUGUCCACAAUGGAGAUAUCCUUUCAGCCUGAGCUUGCUUUUCCAUCACUGGCUGAAACCUGGAUCAGGCUAACCAAAGAGGAAGGCCAUGCAUGUGGUGAAAUCCUUUAAAGAUGACAGUAAGGGGACAGUGCAAUAACCAUUGAAAACCAGUGAGAUAAAAGGUUUAUUCUGAGACAAGCUAGGCCAACCUUGAAAUUGGAGGAUGUAUUGGAGGAUUGAUCCAAACCUCCUGACUAGCUAGCUGCUCCAUCAUAGGCUAUCCCUUAUAAAGCAGAAGACCUUAACAGUGCCUAAAAGCCUAGUUUUGAAGUUGUUGGGUUUCUUUUAUUCAACUUUUCUUUAUUGGAUUUAUUUUUAUUGCCUUUCUAAAUCUUAGAAAUAAUUAGAAUUUGACAGCUCUUUCGUGACUAUUAAUAAAAGAAUCUUUCACCACAGGAAAAGCAAUAGAUUGUAUAGGGAAUAAUAACAAAAGAGUGAAGAUGCUGAAGGAUUCUUCCAGAAUCCACGGUGACAGCUUUGAAGAUUCUGGUUCAGUAAGAAAGGAUCACAACCCACAUCAAUGGGUAAAAUGUUGAGUUUCUCUGAUCACUGUCAUGUUGGGGCAUCAAUUGGGAAAACUCUCCGUUGAGACCUCUUACAUUGAUAGGUAGCUCUUUCUCUCUCCUCCUUAGCAUCCUUCCAAGUCUACUUUUCCAAGUUAAAAGAUGGUGAAGGAAGCUGUCAGCCUUGUUAGGCAGAAAAACUCCAUUUAGAGCUUUCAGAACUAACGUAAGCAAUCCCUUAAGCACUCAAAGUAUUAUCUCCCUUUUAAAUAAGAAACUCUAAAUUCAGAGCUCUUAACAGAGCUGUGUGUUGGGUAAGCACUGAGAAGAUACUGACUAUACCAGACCAAAGUUACAGAAAGAAAUAAUUGACCUUUUAAAAUACAUUCACAUUAACUGUCCUAGGUUACUUCUCUUGAGGCUUUUGGAAAAUAACUUCUUCCUUGAAACUUGCAAACCCACUCCAGUUUUGUCACCAAAGAUUUUAAUUUCCAGAGCCCAACCUCCUCUCUCCCAAACAGAAGUAAUACAGCAAGCUCAAGGUGGUCAGGGGGUGAUACUUUGGCUUUCAUUCUGUUCACAGUGAUAUUGACAAGAGACUUGUUGCUAGAGGAGCUACUGAACUGUCUUUAUGACUUAGGGUUUGGUUAGAGGAUUAAAAAAUAGGAAAAAAAAUAAUAAACGAUAGUACCUGACACUGUAAACUAGUCUUUAAUAGAGUCAUGAUGACCUGGAGACUGAUGGAGAGAAAGAAACCUCCAUGGAAGAGAGUGAGCUAAAUCAUUUAGAACCACUCAAGGAUCAUUGGUGAAACGUGGGGCAACAUGGACACAGAGCAGAUCAGGGCUGUGCAUGGCCAGAGCCAAGAGGAGUGGCCAGUGGGGAAGUCAGACAACUGGUCAGUGGAUUCAAGUACUGAAAAAGCCACAGUCUGGGUUUCAUUGUGGUUAGUGGAGAGGUUAAAACAUCCAUGCCCACGGCAAGGAAAAUGCUGAGGCUGAUCUGUUGUGAUAGUGCCUUUCUUGUUGUAGUGAGUACUAGAUUAAUAAUCUGUUCAGUUGUGCUUUUCUGGAUCAUUGCCCCCAGUCUUCUGAGGAGGUCCGAAGGGAUAGUAUUCACUUAGGAUGAAGGGAUACGGUAUUGCUCCUGGAAUGGUAUGAUGUGAUGAUAUUUGCACUAGAUUCUAAACUUUACUUUAAACUGGAGCAGUUGAAUGAGAGAAAAACCAAGGACGAUUCAAAGUUAAAAGAAACCAAAAGCAGUAUUUUCUGACUGAUGCCAUUUCUUUGUCAUUGUCACCCUCUUCUUCUUCUUCUUCAUCUUGGAUUUUGGGGGUUUUUUUCUUUGUUUUCCUGGAAGUAAACUUUACGCUUGAUGACCAAGCUCAACUCUUAUGAAUUCCUUUCCUUCUUAUUUUCCCACACUGGACCGUCAGUGUGAAAAAACCAGUGAAGUGGGAAUGGUUAGUGUAAAGGGCCUCUGUCAUCACAACUUUGCACUCCUUCUCUGCUUCAUCAAAGGCAUGGGGCAGUGGCGGCAGGGAGCCUCCGGAGCCAUCAAGCCCUUAGGAAAGCCAAUAAGUAUAGAGGUCAGGCCAAGAGCUGAGCCAACGCAUGUUUGCUCACAGGACAUUGGGGCCUGUAGCUAAUACUGAAGGAUGCUCAGAAAGAAGGGAACCAAUGUGUUGCAGAAAACAAAGGAUGGUGGUGCCCCAAGUUUGCCUAUUUCUCCUCUCUCUUCUCUUUCCCACCUCACCCCCAUGUCCCCUUUAUUGCAGUUCUAUUUCAUCUCGUAUAUUAUAUGUUACCAGAAGAAUUAUUUGGUUCCUUGGUUUCUCUCUUUAUCAGUGGGCUGGGAACUCCUCCAAAAUUAAAAACAAAUACCAUCAGUGUCUCCCCUGUGGCCUACCAGUUUCUCAAAUGCUAUCCAGCUGGUCUUGACCAGUCAACUAAGAUAACUUGGAAGCUUUGGUUGGCCCAGCCACCUGUCCACUUUAUUUUCAUUUUGUUUCCAUUUCCAUUUGAAUUUCAAGUGAUACUAUGGAAAGGUGGACAUCACAGGAAAGGUUUGGAGGCUGCGAUUCUAGGGCAUAGCUUAUCAGGAGUUUGUAUUACCCCAAAUAUAUCUUUCAGUUCAGUCUGUUGCCCUGUUUAUAAUUUCUAUUAUAUUUGUGGUUAUUUUUGUAAAAGUAGCGUCCAUUUGCUAUGUUUGUUUGAGUGCUUUUUCUCUAUUUUCUCCACAUGGAUGCAGUACCAACCUGUUAAUGAAAUACCUUUUUAUUAUAUUAUUAAUAUGUAAUUCUACUGUAGACCAAAAAUAUAAAAACAAAUUUGUUCAUUUUAAAGAUAUAAAGAACUAGUGAGUGAAAGAUUAAGAGUUGAAAGAAAAGACAGAAGAGCAGUGGUUAACUAUGUUGAGUUAGAAAUCUAAGAGUAGCCUUACCUAUUUUUAACCAGUGCUUGCCAAUCAUACCAUAGUUGGGAUUAUAUAGUCUUGGCUCCUUCUUGCUUACGGUUUAUAAUUCUCGUUUGUCUGUUUGUUUUUCUUGAUGUAAUUGAGGUUGCACAUCAUGCUAUUUUUGGCAAUGCCUGAUUUUAUUAUAUUGUACUUUUAUCAGUCAUUUCCUUUAGAAGGAUGAGGGGAAAGUUUUAUUUCUUUUUUUAAUUUAAAAUGUGUUUAAUGCACUGGAAAUAAAAUUGGACAUAUUUCACUGUUUAAAAAAUCAGAAACGAAACAGAACAAAAACCGCAAAGAAAAAACCAGCAACCAAAUAAGCAACAGGGGAAAAAUGCUUGGGGGAAAAAAAAUCCAUUUGUACUGAAUACAUAUACAAAACGCAUCCCACGCAAAAGAGAAAUACCAUCAAAUAAGAAAUAUGUAUCGUUAAGCUACCACAGUGAAAUAGAAACGAUGCCUGGGUUCAAUAUGGGAAUGGGAAAAUAGGGCAUUCCUUUGAGAUUUGAGAUCAUGUCAUUGCUCCAGUUAAUGUCCAAACCAGUUAAAUACGGAUGACGUGACCACAGAGGAAAUAGCCCCAGCCUUCCGUGUACCACUGGAGCUCUCCGUUACCUUUCAUCCCACGCCUGAACUCCAUGGUAAGGAGGGAAAUACGUGCAAUGGUGGAGAAACUGGCUUGUGUAGAGGUACCCAUAUGAACACAGUUAAGUCCUCUGCCCAUCCUCAUGUGUUUCUUUUCUCCAUGAGGAUUUGCAGCAGAUAAGCCCCAAAACACGGGAGACUGCAAGUGACUCCUUAGGACAUCAUUUAAUGCUAAAGAACCUCUUGACUCCACCCUGAUCCCCUUCUCGAGCAUUCCUAGAUACCAACAGAGCCAGUUAACCCACACAAAGGCACGAUGGAAGGAAAGAGAUUUCAUCCAGUCAACCAACUGUAUCUUUUGUUUCACGUUUGCUGGGUUUUUCUGGUUUUGUUUUGUUUUAGAGUUGGGGUGGGAGUGGAUGUAACUUCACAAACCUAAUACAGUAAUUGUUUUGCAUCUUCCAUGUUUUAUGCAAAAGCAGACAUUUAAAUCAAUAAAUAAUUGUGCCCUAGACUGAAAGUUAAUGUUUAGGAGAGGAAAAAAAUUGUUGGAAUUUUUUCUACAUUUUUUUGUGAAGAAUCUUUUUUGGAAAGGAAGGAUACAUAUUUUUGUUGUGUAAUAUUUUCUAUUUUUGAAUGCAUUUUAUUGGUACAAGACUGUUUUUUUGGUGAAGACAUUAUUUAAAAAAAAAAGAAAAAAACUAAUCGAAAAGUUUGCCCUUAAGGAUAUGCUGCAGUUUUGAGGUUAAAAAAAAAAUAACUGAUUCAAGAUGCGUGUUAAAAGUUGGGAUUAUAUUGUUGUUUUUUGUAAUUGUUACAAGAAGAAGUUUGUACCCACUGCUGUUUAUUUUGUUUCAGAUGAGUAAGUAAAGGGAUUGUUCUUGUUUUAUUCUUUUUUUAGAGAGAAAAAAAAAAGCUAUUUAUGAAAUGUCAAAAACACUGGACUGUGAGUUUAAGUGUGGAAGCAUUUUACCACCCUGUGUCUUCGACCAAUUAUGGGAAACCCCUUUUCUCUUCCCCCCACCUUAGCCUUGCCAAAUGAGAAAAAAUGUCACAGCUGUCAGAUGAACGAAGCCACUGAAACCCUGCUUUAAUUUUCAUGGUUUGAAAAAGUCAGAAAACCAAAGUUAAAUUUGUUUCUGAGAUCCCACUGUCCGUAGUAGCCCCUUUUUGUGUGAUGUAGCCAGUUGACUCUGCCUCUCUGUCUUGUUCCGUUGCCUUCAUAAGGACCAGGGCCAGCUCUGAUGCAACGGAGGCACGAAGGUGGUGAGCCUGAGAGUUGAGGUCUCAUGAAGUGCGUGUGAGUGGGACCUCCACUACUCAGCGGGCACCCACGUUUUCCCCAUCCUGCAUCGAGGCUGCAGAGAGCACAGUGCUGACCUGCCUGAGGAGAGAGCCCCCCACGGCUUCCACCCUUGGCUUCUCAGACCCUCCUAUUUCCAUCACUCUCCAUGAGUGGCUCAGCCUCUCUCGAGCCCAGCACCUUCCAUGGAGGGGGUAGGGGGAGGGAAGAUCCAGUUGAAAAGGAACGGCUGUCAGUGCUGCGCAGGUACUUCCAGCCUCUCGGGAGAGGUAGGGCAAGGGACCCUCUAGCACAAGGGAUCUUGCCUGCCUCAUCUUUGACACCGUGGAUUGUCCGUCCAUCUGCUCACUGUGAAGAUGGAGAGGCAGAGUGCCUAAGGCUGUUCAGUAGCUUUUCCAUGUUUUUCAACAUUGAAAAAAUAACUUUUAAAAACUGUGAUUUCUUUAAAAAAUCAUUUGGCUGGAGGGAAGGGAAAAGGGAAACACCAAAAGCUGUAACACGAUUAACUGGAGAUAUUUAACUGGGGGCACUUUCUAGACCAAGACAAAUGAAUUCCGUUCUGGACCCUAAAGCAGCCAAAUCUUGAGACUGUCAAUGACAGAAAGCUGAAGAGAGGCCUCUGUUUCCUCCUUUCUCCUUUCUUCUCUCUGUCUCAAAAUUCUCUCUUGUUCUUUUCCAGCUCCCCUUGGACUACUGCCUCAAUGGCCCUUGGACUCCCGUUUCAUGUGCACAUGCAUGUACAUGUACACACACACACACACUCACACACACAUUUGCAAAAUACCAUUUUUCUUAAGGACUGUGGGACCGAAUAAAAUCAUGUGCCUUCAUUUUUUCCUUUUAUAGUUUGAGGAACCUCUUUCUUUUUACAAUAUUUAAAAAAAUUAGGGGAGGUUAAAGUCUUAGUGGAGGACUUGGGUGUUGUUUAGGAAGUAAUUUUUGUUUAGCACGUUCCCCCAAACAUUAACACAAACAGUUCAACCCCCUCAUCAUGCUCUGUGGACACUUAGAGCCUCAAGCCACCAGAUACUGACAGCCUAAACCCAUUUAAUUUUAAGGCAACUGCUGAAAUUUUUAUUUCAUAGACUUCUUUGAUCUUUAUCAAAACUGAGGUGAGCAAUGGCAAGCAGCCUUGUUCUCCCAAUUUGGUGCUCUUGUGUGUGGCGUGGGGCGGGUGUGGGGGUGGGGGGAGUGGGUGUGUUUCGACCAAGGGUGCAUUCCUAAAGAUCUCUGGUGCUGAAGGGCCUCCGGUUCCUUUCAGAGACUGCAUUCGACACACUUGAAGUACACACGAAUGGUAUCACAUGCAAUAUUUUAAUGGAGCAAUGGGAGAGGCUCUUAGAAAUGGGGUUUUGCAUCUUUUUGUAACAUUUUGAUUUCUCUGGUGCCUUAUUCCUACUGGACGCUGGCACUCACAUCCCCACGGGGAGCUGACUCCCAAGUUGGCCUCGGAAGUGGGGACGCCUGAGCAAGCGGGGCGUGAGGAGGGUAGUGUCCGUUGGUGGAGAGGGGACUAGGUGGUAUCUCUUAGCCGAAGCCAAGCAGAGACUGCACAAAUCCACACAAAGUUAACACCUGCAACCUGGAACACACCCUAAACUCAUGCUUCCUCAUCCGAGCUUUCCUUCCUUCUUCCUCUUCUAUCUCUGCCUUCUCGUCAAGGUGCUGCUGCUGCUGCUGCUAAGGUGCCCGGAGUCCAGAACACCCAGUAAUCACUCAGGCACGAGCCUGGCACUGCCACGUCAGCCCCUGGCACGACCAAACCCGGGUUUCUUUUGCUGGGGGCUGCGAACCGUCAGAUUUUUCUCAUCAAAAAUGUUUUCCAAGGAAUCAGUGGAUGACAGUUAUUCUGCAUUGAAAAUGCACUUUAAAAAAAUAAAUAAAAGCUCCAGACUGUUUAAAAUGUACAGAGGGAGCAGGGGAAAGAUAAACACGUGCUAGUGUCUGAACCCAGUUCAGUUUAUCUCCAGUUGAAACAAUAUACACUAUAUUAUGUAUAAAUGUAUACACACUUCCUAUAUAUAUCCAUAUAUAUAUAGUGUAUAUAUUAUACAUGUAUAGGUGUGUAUAUGUGCAUAUACACACACAUGCACAUAACAAAUCCAGAUGCUCAUUACAAAACCAGAUGCUACAGGAACAGCAGCAGAGGAAACAAGGUUGGACUCUUGCAACAGAUCACAAAAAAUAAAAACAGCCACUUGCAGUGACUUUGGUCAUUUCUGUAUGUUCACAAGGAAUGGAUUGUAACAAAGAAAAAAGGAACAGUGUUAGUGAAAGAGGAAAAAAUGGGCGAAACCAUCUUGAUCCAAUGGGAAUGCAGUAAUGUUCUAUACCAUUUCACCCACUUAUUUUAGUCAUGUUGAUUUGAUUUCAGUUUUUGGCUAGCAAUUUCUUUUAAACUCAAGUGACCCACAACAAACAACAAAACAACUACAGUGAAAGCCCUUUUCAGUGGAAGAUGUCAGAAAUCUCAAAACCCUUGGCCUGACUCAGAACUACCAUGUGCAAAUCAGUACUCUCAAUGUUUGAAAUAAAACUGAAAAAAAAAAAAAAAAAACUUUUUGAAGCACCUUAACGUGGCCAUCCAUUCAAGGAAUGGGUGCCACUUUUUUCUUUGAGCACCUUAUUGACGUGUUUUGCUAUCUGCUGUCUUUCUGUUACCUGUUGGCUGAAUGGCUAGCUGUUAACACACACGCAUGCCCAGAGCAGAGGUAUGGGCAUGCGUGGUCUCAAUGAAGUUUACUGUGGUGACUGCUGAAAGGUGAACCCGGUUCCUGAUCUUCCCGCCACAGUGUUGUGAUAAGAUUCGAAGAAACCCUAUUCCCGGCACAGAAAUGUUUCUUAUCACGUUGUAUCCUAGUAUGGAAAGGAAUAUGGUCCCUUUUUUGCAAUUGCUACUGUACACACACACACACCACACCCACACACAUGCACAAACACAUUCAUUCGUCCAAGUGGUAUUUUCAGUGUCUGUGUGGGUGUCACUGUCUACGCAGUUUCUGUUUCCCAGUGAGUUUUGAAUGGAGGGCAACUUUUCUAACCAGAUUGUCUCUUCAGACUGAAGACCUGGGAAUUGGGGAAGAUUUUGGAAAGAGGGAGAGGCAAGGAAAAAGAGAGCUUUAAACUGAAAGAAUAAUUUCCCACAAGGAGCCUGGGCUCAUGAACUGCAGAGACUGUACCCUCCAGUCUCUGCAGGUGGCCAGGGGACACCGCUUGUAUCAAUCUGUGCACCGUACAAACACAUGUCACCACCAACACACACAUCCACCCACCCAUCAAUAUAUAUACGUGGUUUGGGAUGAGCAGGUCAAUAGUUUUGAGAGGGAGUUUGUUCCUUUUUUUUUUUUUCAUUAUACUCUUAAAUUGUUGUCAGUUAUCAAACAAACAAACAACAAAUUGUUUUGAAAAACCUUGCAUACGCCUUUUCUAUCAAGUGCUUUAAAAUAUAGACUAAAUACACACAUCCUGCCAGUUUUUUCUUACAGUGACAGUAUCCUUACCUGCCAUUUAAUAUUAGCCUCGUAUUUUUCUCACGUAUAUUUACCUGUGACUUGUAUUUGUUAUUUAAACAGGAAAAAAACAUUCAAAAAAAGAAAAAUUAACUGUAGCGCUUCAUUAUACUAUAUUAUUAUUAUUAUUAUUAUUGUGACAUUUUGGAAUACUGUGAAGUUUUAUCUCUUGCAUAUACUUUAUACGGAAGUAUUACGCCUUAAAAAUACGAAAAUAAAUUUUACAAGGUUUCUGUUUUGUGUGGAAGAGUAAUUGAUGUUGCUAAGAAUGAUGUUUGUUUUUUGGGGUUUUUGUUGUUUUUUUUUAAAUGUUACCAGCACUUUUUUUGUAAGUUUCACUUUCCGAGGUAUUGUACAAGUUCACACUGUUUGUGAAGUUUGAAUAUGAAGGAAUAAUUAAAAAAAAAAAAAAAA